AGCAACAUCUAUGCACUAUACAACAGGCCGGAUCCUUCUAUCUUAACAUAUCUGCUAAUAUUCUUGAUUAACACGUCUUGCCCUUCGACCUAAUUCUCCCUUUGCACAUAUCUUGAAACUACUACUCGAUCUUAACAAAUUGGUUACGAUUCCCUAUCAUGUCUACUACUCCGCAGAAGGGAUCCGAAACUCCUGCAUGGUCGCGUCACGGUGACGAUUCUGCCAAGACUCCUGGAGCAGGACGAGAGUCUGGUCCCGCAUUUCGCGGUAUAUCGCGCGGUCGUGGUCGAGGUGGCAGCACUGGUCGUGGAAGAUCAGGAGCACGAGGCGCUGGCUGGCGAAGUGUUUCAGCCAAGGGCACAUCAGAAGUGAAGGCAAGCCCUCCACCACCUCUGCCAGAAAAGCCCGCUGUUGGCGGAGCUCCUGCAGUUAAGAACAGCACUCAACCCGCGAAAGGUCGAGACGCUUUGAAAAUACCAAGCCGUCCAAACCUCGCUGUAGACGGUUCACCUGCACGACCAUCAGACGCACAAUCUCCUAUCUCACCAAAUAAACCUCCGCGACGUAGAAGGAACACGCACAGACGCGCUGCUUCCGCUGCUAUGCCUAAACCCCUUUCGGCAACAUUGACAGAUGGGUUACCCACCUCUCCCUCAACUCCACUUAUGCCCUCCAAGGACUCGAAGGAUCUUCCUCCACAUCUUGGGAACGUUACGCCUGUUCAUGACCUCAGCCAAGACAUAAGGCACCUAGUUGAGCACACGCGCGACAUGGCAAUGAAUAACACUCGGCCCAAGUCGCCCAGUGUACGCAUUGACUGGGCAGGAGAUGAUGAUGAUAGCUUGCCUGACUUGGAUGACUGGGGUGUUAGCUCGAAGCUAGCGAGCGAGGCAGGCGAAUCUUCCAGUGCCGUCGAGAUCAAGCCUGUCGCUAUCACCGAAAUACCAAAGAAACCUGCCCCCCCACCUGAGAAAGCAGAAUCGACUCACCGAGUCAAUGCUCAGCCUGUCGACGUCGAGGGAUCUGCAGAGAGGCCUGAAGAGUCCUCAGUGUCGCUAUCCGUACCGCUAGCACCGCCUGUUAAAAGAGAACGGGAGCGGAGAAGGGAGCGCGGGAGUCGAAGAGAUAAGGAGAAGCGAGCAUCGUUGGGUCUGCAAGUUAACGGUACGAAAGGAACACAAGCGUCUUUGGCGGCUACACCAAAGAAGAGCCUGCUUGAACGUCUCAGUUCGCCCGUUCGACCUGAUCCUCCAGCAGCUUUGGAGGGAUCGAAUCUACCUAACUCGAACUCGGACCAGCGGAUUGUAACCUCUGUGUCGGAACCAGCUCUUCCUCAUCACCCUUCUCUUCCGCCCAAACCGGUGAGCACUCCCAAGAAGCUUGUACCCUCGGGAAAGAACGCAGGAACUUGGAGGGACAAGCGACCAGAGGCAAACACGCCGAAGGAGAAGACCCCGCCAGCUCCCAGCAUGAGUAUCACGAACGGCAAGGCGGUUGAUGAUAGUCCAUCGGAGCCCUCAGGGCAGGUGCAUAUUAUUGCUCCACCGCCAGAGCGUACAGAGACUAUCAACGAGUUUGGCAAGCCAGACGAAAGUAGUACAUUCGACUGGUCCGAGGAACCAUUAUCUGUAGAACCUCCCGCCGACCCACAGACAGAACCACCAAUCAACAUCACCAUCGAGCCCGUAGCUCCUACCGAAGUCACUCCCCCACAAGAACCCUCCACGAUAGACUCACCUCUCUUAGCAUGGGAAACAAGCACACCAACUAAACCAUCCGAAAACGCACUCGCAAACCCUCGGUUACGUAUGCAACGUCCACUCUCAGGUGAUGCCACUCCACGCCAACGACGGGACCGCUCACCAUACAAGACGCACAACGUGCGGAAUCAUUCCGCUCCCCACAAUGGUCUUGGAGGUGUUGGAGGGAGGUCGAGACCGCAACAUUCUUCACGACCGAUUAUUCGUAUGGAUGCUCUGCAGAUGAUUUCGCGGAGUUUGCGUGAGGACCCGCCGAGUCGACGGGAGUCGCCUCCUACUACGAAAUCGGCGGAAUGAUAACGACGGAUACACAAGGGAGGAGAAGGACAGAAUUUCUGUGUUUUUUUUCUUUUCUUUUUCGUUUCUGACUGAAUGACUGACUGACGUUGACAUUAAUUAUAAUGCUCAUUUGCUCAUUUCGUAUCUCAUAUCUCAUGAAUUAUCUAUGAUCUUUUCCACUGUUGUUGUCUCCUUUUUCUGGUUGUAUGUUGUUUGUCAUUUGUUUGUUUGUUUGAGAUCUGUAUCAUUGUAACGAGAUAUACCAAGUUUUACAUCUUCACCAUCUUAUCAUAUUUACAUGUCUUUUUUUGUUUUUGUCUUCGUUUCUGUUCCUACUUCUGUAUUUGCUUAUUUUAUUGACGGGGAUGGUUCUUGACUUGACCUUGAUGUGAUCUUGAAUUGGUUGUGUGUGGAUGUCUGCGUUGUAUGGUAUCGGGAUCAGUUCUGAGUAGUGUUUGUUUGUGUACAGGUUAUUUUAUGAUUCAAGCCUCGUCUUUUUUUCAUUUUUUUUUCCUUCUCUUCUCUUGCAAAUAACAAAC